AUGGAUAGAAAAGGGAGAAUUUGUUCAGAGCUUUUGUCUUUCUUUUUAAUUAAUUUUAGUAGAUUUUUAGUGAGUUCUGUUCUCUUUGCAGGUGGCCACAUUUUGAAUUUUGAAACUCCAUGCCAUAUUCGCGACAUCACCAGAAACCCUAAGAAAUCAGACACCACCUUUGUCCUCGCUGCUCCUCGCUUCCACAUCUCCAGCCGCUCUGCAACUCCUCCGCCAAACAAUCCGCCGCGACGUAACUCGCUGCAUUUUUCUCUCCCUCACUGCUCCACUCUGCCACUGUCUCUGCCGCCAACAACUCUGCCAACAUCUACCAUGAGUUCUGUUCUCUUUGCAGGUGGCCACAUUUUGAAUUUUGAAACUCCAUGCCAUAUUCGCGACAUCACCAGAAACCCUAAGAAAUCAGACACCACCUUUGUCCUCGCUGCUCCUCGCUUCCACAUCUCCAGCCGCUCUGCAACUCCUCCGCCAAACAAUCCGCCGCGACGUAACUCGCUGCAUUUUUCUCUCCCUCACUGCUCCACUCUGCCACUGUCUCUGCCGCCAACAACUCUGCCAACAUCUACCAGUGGCCACAUUUUGAAUUUUGAAACUCCAUAAUGGCUAUUGAUACAAUUUU